AUCCCUCAGGGCGGGUGUCCAGCUCGAGAUAGAGUUCUGCUUUGCCAGGUUGCCAGGCUGCGAGGCCUAUCGAGCGAUCAAGAGGCAGCAUCAACUAUCCGGGUGUCAACUACCCCAUGCCAAUCUUUAAGUUGUCGUACAAACCUGCUUGGUAUGAGAUGUUUCUAAGCUUAAGCGGAUCUAAUCACCCGUAUUCUGUACGAAUCGUAAGAACCCUGCCCCUAACCACGAAAGAGACAACUGGGCCACUUGAAUCGGACCUUCGGGAACCUCCUUGGCCAACGAGGGACGACACUUGGCGGCUCAACCAUACUAAGCUCUCAAUGAGAGAGCUGCUGCUGCCUUAUAUUCCAUGCACCACCCGAUCUUUCCGGGCCAGCCUGUUCUCUUGUAACGACUAUUCCAGAGUAUAAACAUAGGGGCAAUAAUAUUGGUGUCCUCAAGACAAUUCACGGGAACUGAAAAGCAUUUCCAGGA